AUGUGGAUUUGUCGUUUACUUCAUAAAUCAUUUUCAUCAGCUAAAUUAGCUGCAGUAUCAAAUGAAAAGAAUAAAUUACAAUCAUUCGUUGCUAAUCUUAUAUUAUCUGGACAAUUCUCUCGAGAAACUCAUAUUAUUCCAUAUGAAGAAUCAUCUUUAUUUGAUUUUCCAUCUUAUUUUAAACACUUUUCGUCGAUUACAGCUGGACUCUUAUCAUCAUCAUCAUCACCAUCAUUCGGAGAGACUCUAUUAGUCGCAGAUAAGAUACCAACAACAAUGAAGAUACUUGAUAGCGAUUGCGCGAUUGAUGGUAAUGGUAAUGAUGCAGGUCAUGGACUCGUGGUAUAUUAA